AUGUUACACUGCGUUUUUCUGCUCUCCAGUUUCCUGUAUAUCGCCUCGGCAUCCCAACAAACCGUGGCUGUUGAGGGAAUUGUCGUCUGCAACGGCAAACCCUACAAGGACGCCAAGAUUAAGAUCUAUGAGAAAGAUACGCUCCAUGACGACGAGCUAGCCCGUGUAUAUUCCGAUGCCAACGGUCACUUCAAAGCCGCCGGCACCCAAAGCGAAUUCCUCGGCAUCCAAGCCCAUAUGAACCUCUACCACAAAUGUGAUAUGCCAUUCCUGAAGCGCCUCGUCCCCACCUGCUACUACAAGGCCAAAUUCACCGUCCCGAGCCGCUACAUCUCCACCGGAUCGAUUGCUAGCGAGACCUGGAACGCGCAGACCAUCGAGCUGUCACUCUUCACAAAGGAGACUGAUUGCUUGAAC